UUAAAUAGGUAGGAAAAUAGUUAUUUUUAAUAAAAAAAAGUGUGCCUAUAGCUUGUUUUAGGAUAAAGUCUUCCAAGAAAGUAAACAAACAUGAUGAUAUCGCGAUCUAAACAUCGCUCGUCGGUGGAAGUGUGCUCAGAUUGCGGGGCAUCGGAUCCGUCGUGGGCGUCGAUAAAUCGCGGGCUAUUGCUAUGUGCGGAGUGCUGCAGCGUCCAUAGGAGUAUGGGAAGGCAUAUUUCUCACGUGAAAUCUUUACGGCAAGGAUCUUGGCCUCCUUCGCUGUUAUCUAUGGUGCAAGCUUUAACUGCUCAGAAUGUGAACAGUAUAUGGGAACACUCAUUGCUUGAUACAUCAGCUCCUAAGCAUUUAAGGAAGAAGCCACAGCCAAAAGAUCCGCUACACCCAAUUAAAUCUGAGUUCAUAUUGGCAAAGCACCUGCGCCUGGCCUACGUUUUACGAGCUAGAAGGGAUGAACCCCCGAGUGAGUUAGGCAGGCAACUACAUAGUGCUGUGAGGAGCUCCUCCCUUGACACAGCUAUGCGGUUGUUAGCUCAGGGCGCUGACCCAAAUUAUUAUAACCAGGAGAAGGGAAGCACAUGUCUGCAUGUGGCGUGCAGGGCGGGUCAGCCUGCCCAAGCGGAGCUUCUAGUGUCAUGGGGUGCUGACCCAACAGCACGAGACAGUGGGGGCAAUUCACCCUCAGAUUGUGCCAGGCAAGGCGGUCACGGCGAGCUCGCGGACAGGCUGACGGAGCUGGUAUACGAGGCGACCGACAGGAUGAUCCACUUCCUGACCGGCGAGCGGCCGGACCACGUGGCGGGGCGCCACUACAUAGUGCCGCGCGCACACGACACCCACGAGAUGACCGACGUGGCCAAAGCUGCGAGGGGCAAGCUGCAACUACUACCAAAUCAUCUAUUCGAGGAGCUCGUGAUGGAUAUCUACGACGAAAUAGACCGCCGAGAAACCGAAGCGAUUUGGCAAACUAGUGCAACAGGGCUCGAACGGUGUGGCGUAGCAUUCUUGCCAGUGAACCCCGCACUGUCCGCGCCGAGGAAUCAAGGGCGACAGAAGUUGGCUCGUCUGUCGGCGCCCGAGCUGGCCACGCUGUUACGGGACGUGCUGUUGGAUGCAACCAGGCGGCAGAGAAUAGCUUCGUUACAGCCCAGAGGCCUUGCGGGUCCCAUGAACCCCCUUCUAUCGGCGAGCCACCUGAAGCACUUCUCCCAAAUGUCGGAUGACGAGCCCCUAUACGACUCCGUCGCGUCCGAUGAAGACUACGCCGCAUUAGCGCCGAUCGACCUAGAUAUAUCCAGCUUAGACCCCAGAGCAGGGGAAACCGUGUCUUCCACAUACAACCCGUCGCUGCCGACCGAACAUUCCUUAGAACUACCUCGAACUCAUUCACCGAGUCCCGCGCACGUACCUGAACGAAAGAAAGAGAUAGAAACGCUGAAAAAGGAACUGGACAACCGAGACUCCACCAUAACUGAACUAAAGAACCAGUUGAAGAACCUCCAAACUAUAGUCGAGCAACUGACGAAAGAAAACAGUGCGCUAAAAACCACGAGCAGCGUUGACGACGAUCACAGUAUGACGUCACAGAACUCCAUAACGGAGAGCAAUAACGCCCUGGAUCUCACUCCGCAAGAGAGAGGUAGGAGUUUAGAAACGGAUCAGCUUGUUCUGGCCGAGGAGGUCGACGUGAGGCAGUCGAAGGCUCCCCAGCGACCGGUCAGUAUGUUUGAGCCUAGGGAGGGACCCAAGAAUAACUGGCAGGUUACUAAACACCAGCUUACAAGUAUACCCGGCCUUGAAAGAUCGUUAACACAGAGCGCGCUAGAAGGUGGAGUCUCCAGCGUGUCAGACGACGGCGCAUCGGGCUCUGGCGCGGGCAUCAGCGUCGCGGGCGAAGGCCUAGAGGUGCAGAAACGGGCAGAAGCCGUGACAAGGUGCAUCCAGGAUUUGUGGGCGGCAGCGAGGUUGCACAGGAACAAAUUGCCUGAAUGUGCUGAUUCUAUACGACGGACUGUGACUGCACUUUUAGCAUUAUUCCCACAGACAUGUACAGACGCGGCCUUACAACAAGUGAUAAUCGACCUUCGCAACGCCAGUGAGGAAGUGAUCCUCGCCUGUUCCACCAGGGCGCCUUUAGAUCAGGUCAGAAACGCGGCGUACGACCUGGCCAAGGCGACCAAGUUGCUGGUGACCCACUUCCAGCCCUCCUAGCGACCCAUCCGCUACACCACAGUGUAGUAUAGCGCCUCUAGGCUGCUGCUCUUUCUGAACUGCUGUGUUAGACUGCUGAGGAAAUAAGUGUUAACGUGUUAUAGUGUUAUCUGAUCAGUGCCCUUAGUACAUGAUUUUCUCACUCGCAAUCGAGGAUUCGUUUUCGAGUAUCGAGAUACUUCUACAUCAGAGUAAGAUGUAUCUUAUUUUAUUAAAUUAAAGCUCAAAUUUGCCUGUAACUAGAUCUUUUGGCAGGACGUUUGUAAAAUAAGAACACACUGCACAGGCAAUGCAAUAAAACCUAAUCAAAUGAGAUUCCUAGGCAUACAUUGACCUUUCACCAAUUCACGAAUUUCACGAUUGUCACUAGCCAACUCAUAUAAACUAAGUUGUCUAUGGUUCUUGCCACAAUGUAGUACUUUGGUGUUUGUAUUAUCAUAUUUUUCACUUUUCGUAUUGAUUUAAGGGUAUUAAAAAAACAAAUUUAUAUUUUUUACAUCUGUCAGGCGUCAGUUUAAUUGUCCCCUAAACUUUACGAUCCGCUGAAUCGGUGUGGAAAUUUUGGACGGCGCCGACGCCGUUAGUCAUCACAAAAGAGUUCGUGAAAGUUUUUUCCCUGGAAAAAAUCUAUAUAACUAGGCAUCCAAUUAAGGCGAUUCCUAGGUUCAGUGAAAACGGGUAUAAAGCACGAGGCCCAUUUUACUUUGACGGUAUAAAGUUUGAUAUGCGAAAGCAAAAUCUCGAUUGUUCCUUGAAAUAUUGUACUAAGGCAACAGAAAUGUUUAAUAACCUGGUGAAAGUGACCACGUUACUGGUGAUACACUUCCAACUCUCCCAUUAAAGUGCACCGUAGUCUUAUUUUUGUUUAUCAAAGACGCGCUUGUGUUGAAGGUAAAAUCUGUUCGGUAUAGAGCCGGUGCCACACAUGAGCUAGGUUUUGAAGAAUUUGAAGAAUCGAAGACUUUGUGGUGAUAAAAAAUCUAAACUUAACAUAAACGCUCAAUAAAUUUAUGACAUGUUUUGCAUAUUUAAAAAUAUGUCUGGCGCCGGCAUUUAGCAGUGGCGUGCAU